AUGGCAAAGAAUUUCCACAUCUUCGGCAAAGGGAUAUCGUUCAGCGUUUCACACACCAUCCACAACGCAGGCUUCCAGCACUAUGGCCUCCCCUUUAUAUACACAAUUCACGAGUCCGACAGCAUUGAUGGAGCCGCUGCAUUGGUUGCAAGCGAUCAUUUUGGCGGGGCGAGUGUCACAAUGCCACACAAGCUCCAAGUUCACAAGUUUUGCAACGAGCAAACCGAGACUGCUCGAUUAAUCGGCGCAAUCAACACUCUUAUUGUGAAAGAAAAUGGGAACAAGCGUAUAAUCACCGGAGACAACACGGACUGGUCUGGCCUGUGCAGUAUUGUGACUGCAUACUCGACAAAAAGACAACACCAACUGAACACCGGACUGGUUAUUGGAGCCGGGGGCGCAUCAAGAGCCGCACUUUAUGCUCUGCACAAAUCUGGAGUGAAACGAAUCUACCUGGUCAAUCGAACCUUGGCCACCGCCGAGAAAGUCAAAGACGAUUUCAAGUCCGUCUUUAAGAUCAAGGUUGUCCCAAGUCUCCAAGAUCUUCCAAAGAAGCCAGAAGUUAUUAUCGGUACUGUGCCCGCAGAGACUACUACAGAGCCUCAGUUCUCCUCGUUGUUUGGGGACCGGGGGUUGUGUGUCGAUAUGUCAUACAAGCCGAGGCAGACACCGCUCUUGACGGCAGCACAACAGAAUCAAGGGUGGGACACGGUUACGGGUGUCGAGGUACUGCUCGCACAGGCAUUCGACCAGUUUCUACUCUGGACAGGUCUUGAGCCGCCGAGGGAGAUUAUGGCGGAGGCAAUCGUGGCACUUGAUAACCAGCGGUCUACUGUGGCUAAGACUGGUAUGCUUUAG